AUGUCUGCUGCUACAUUUGACGAUAUUAAGCUAGAAGAUAUCCCUGUCGAUGACAUCGAUUUCACCGAUCUAGAGAAAGAAUACCAAUUGGAAGAUGAAUUUGAAUUCGACCAAUACGUUGUUGUCACUGGUGCCCCAGUUAUCCCAGAAUCCAAGGUUCCAGUCUUACAAAAGGCUUUAACCGGUUUGUUCUCUAAAGCUGGUAAAGUUGUUAACAUGGAGUUCCCAAUUGAUCAAGACACCAAGAAAUCUAAGGGUUUCUUGUUUGUUGAAUGUGCUUCUCCAGAAGAUGGUAAGAAGAUUAUUAAGGCUUUCCAUGGUAAGAGACUUGAUUUAAAGCACCGUCUUUUCAUUUACACAAUGAAGGACGUUGAAAGAUACAAUUCUGAUUCCUUCUCUACUGAAUUCAAAGAACCAGAAUUACCAGAAUUUGUGUCGUCAGGUUCUUUAACUUCUUGGUUAUUGGAUGAAGAGAACAGAGAUCAAUUUGUUGUUCAAAAUGAUAACGAUACUACUGUUUUCUGGAAUACUAGAUACGAAGAAAAAAUCGAAAAUUCUAUUGUUGAAUCAAGAAAGAACUGGUCUACCAACUAUGUUAGAUUCUCUCCAAAGGGUAGUUACCUAUUUUCAUAUCAUCCACAAGGUGUUACUGCAUGGGGUGGUGCUAACUUCGAUCGUUUAAGAAGAUUCUACCAUCCAAAUGUUAGAACUUCUUCUGUCUCUCCAAAUGAAAAAUAUUUGGUCACUUUCUCAGCUGAUCCAAUUGUCUUAACUGAAGAUCCAGAUUCUCCAUUCACUUUGAAGAAUGAAGGUCAUCAAAUUUGUAUUUGGGCUAUUUCUUCUGGUUUGUUAUGUGCUUCUUUCCCAUUCGUUAAGGGUCCAAACACUAACUGGCCUCUUGUUAAAUGGUCCUUCAAUGACAAGUACUGUGCACGUAUGGUUGGUGACAAUCUAGUUGUCCAUGAUGCAUCAACUAACUUCCAAGCCAUGGCUAACAAGGGUUUGAAGGUCGCUGGUAUUAGAGACUUUUCUUUUGCUCCAACUGGUGUUGAAGUAGCUCCAUUCAGAAAGGGUGAUGAACCAUCUGUGCUAUUAGCUUAUUGGACUCCUGAAACUAACAACAUGUCUUGUAAAGCUAGUGUUGUCGAAGUCCCACGUGGUAGAGUAUUGAAGACUGUCAAUUUCGUUCAAGUCUCUGAUGUUACAUUCCACUGGCAAAAUAAGUCUGAAUACUUGGCUUUCAAUGUUACUAGACACACCAAAUCUGGUAAGACCAAGUUCUCUAAUUUGGAUAUCUGUCGUUUGACUGAAAAGGAUAUUCCAGUGGAAAAGAUUGAAUUUAAAGAACGUGUAUUUGAAGUUGAAUGGGAAAACAAUGGUAACAGAUUUAUUACAAUUUCUAUCGAUGAUGAAACAGAUGAUGGUAAUCCAUCUAUUCCAAGAAAUAUUGUUAGUUUCUUUGCACCAGAAAAGAAGGACUCUAAGAAUAAAUCAUCAAACGGUGUUGUCAGUAAAUGGAAACUUGCUGCUAAAUUGACUGAUAGAUUCUUAAACACUGUUUCUUGGUCUUCAGCAGGUAGAUUUGUUAUUGUUGCAUCAAUUAUUAAACCAAACAUGCGUAAAUGUGAAUUGUUAUUCUACGAUAUAGAUUACACUGGUGAAAAGAAUGCUAAUGAUGUUGAAGAUGUUGACGCCUCUAUUAAGGAAAUUGCAGCUAUCAAUAAUGCUAACUUCACCGAUUUAACAUGGGAUCCAUCUGGUCGUUUUGUUUGUGGUUGGUCUAGUGCUUUGAAACACAAGGUUGACAAUGGUUUCAAGAUCUAUGAUGUCUCCGGUGCUUUAUUAAAGGAUGAAGAUGUUCCAAACUUUAGAAACUUUAUCUGGAGACCAAGACCAGAAUCCAAACUAUCUAACGCUGAAAAGAAGAAGGUUAGAAAGAACCUGAAGGAAUGGACUGCUCAAUUCAGUGAACAAGAUCAUAUGGCUGCUGAUACUGCCGUUAGAGACUUGAUCUUAAAACAACGUGCUAUGUUGAAGGAAUGGACUGAAUAUAGAUCUGAAUCUAGUGCUCAAACUGAACAAGAAUUUGGUCACAAGACAUUCGAUAUUGAGCAAGAUAACUCUGAUGAUGAUUACACUGUUGUCGAAGAAUUCAAGGAGGAAAUUGUCUCAGAGACCUCUGAAAAAGUCACUGAAUAA